AUGCCUGCUGAAAUUAUGCCAGAAAAAACCUUCCAAGGCUUGCAUGCCCAUGGAAAAGAAACCAGUUCUUUCUUCUCUAGAAGGUUGGAAGGAAAGAUUGCAAUUGUUACUGGUGGGGCCGGAGGGAUUGGUGCUGCCACCGUGACAUUGUUUAUCAAACAUGGUGCAAAAGUAGUCAUAGCGGAUAUCAAUGAUGAAUUCGGACUUGCACUCGCUAGUUCAUUGUCUCCUUUAGCUACAUAUGUUCAUUGCGAUGUAAGCAUAGAAACCGAAGUUCAAAACCUAAUUGACUCAACAAUCUCUCGUUACGGACGAAUUGAUAUCUUGUUUAACAAUGCUGGCGUGCUUGGAAACCAGACCAAGCACAAAAGCAUUGUUAAUUUCGAUGUAGAUGAGUUUGACAAAGUAAUGAAUGUGAAUGUGAAAGGAGUCGCCUUAGGGAUGAAACACGCCGCUAGGGUUAUGAUCCCUAGAGGGAGUGGAUGCAUCAUUUCAACCGCUAGUGUAGCCAGCGUUAUGGGUGGAAUGGGGCCACACACAUAUACAGCUUCAAAGCAUGCGAUUGUUGGGCUAACAAAGAAUGCAGCAUGUGAAUUGGGAAAACAUGGGAUUAGAGUUAAUUGCAUUUCACCUUUUGGGGUCGCGACAUCUAUGCUUGUCAAUGCAUGGAGAUCACACGACGACGUUGAAGAAGCUGAAGAUGAUCUGGAAAUGCGUUUCAAGUUACCUAGCGAAAAAGAAAUUGAAAAGACUGAGAACUUUGUAAAUAGUUUAGGGAACUUGAAAGGUACGACCUUAAAAGCUAGAGAUAUAGCCGAAGCGGCUCUUUAUCUUGCUAGCGACGAGUCAAGAUAUGUGAGUGGUCAUAACCUUGUUGUAGAUGGCGCGGUUACAACAUCUAGAAAUUGUGUCAACUUGUAGGAUAAUUGAAGAUCAUCGAGUUACUGAAAAUUUUGUAUUGUUGCAAUUGGUUUUUUCCUAUUGUAAACACGUACUUUCAUGUUUACAAAAGAUGCAAGAAUUGAUGCUACACCUUGUUAUAAUAAUCUAAUUUGGAUUAUGUU